AUGGCUUGUGGGGGAUCUCCGUCGGUGUGUGCGGUAAGUGUUGCGAGCUCGGGAUCGUCCUCACCUUGGUCAGCCAUUCUCACUAGUGUUCUUACUGGUUGGGGUGGGAGCUCCGGGAGUUGGUACUCUAGAUCUUCUUUCUCCUCGUCGCUACUCGUGCCUAGGUCGGACAGUGUGUGUCGACAGGCCAGAACGAGUGUUAUGCAUCGAUAUUUUAAAAAAUCAAGGAAUGAUUCAACUUCUAGUUCGAGUAUUGCAACCCCGAAUUCGACUGUGAACCAGGAUGGAAUCAAUGUUGCAAGUUUUGAAGCUAAUUCUGAAAACAUAGUUAGUGACCCGAAUGCGAUUUUGAAUCAAGAAAGAAUCAAUAUUGAAGUUAAUCCGGAAAACAUAGUUAGUGACCCGGGGCUACGGAGUCCUAUUGCUAGUUAUGAUGUUCAAAUAAGGGAUCGCAUUCGAAGAGAAUAUGUCUCUAAGGGGCCUUGUCAACCGAAAGGUCAUGUCUUUAGGAAAACUUCGUAUGGUAAAGAGAAAAGGAGCUUCCAAGCUAAAUGGUUUGAAAAACAUAUAUGGUUGGAAUAUAGUGUUGAAAAAGAAGCGGCAUUUUGUUUUUGGUGUUAUCUUUUCAAGCCUAUUAAUGCCAAUCGUUUUGGAGAUGAUGUAUUCGUGAGUACGGGCUUUAAAAAUUGGAAAAAGGCGCUUGCUAUUUUUAGAGAACAUGAAGGUUCAGCAAAUAGCACACAUGAUCAGGCCAGAAUACUUUUUGAAGGGUUUAAAAAUCAAAGACAAAGUGUUGAUUACAAUUUGAGGAAAUAUGAUAAGGAAGACGAAGUCAACUACCGCAUUCGCUUGACUGCUUCUUUAGAUGUGAUUCGAUUAUUGUUAAGACAGGGAUUGCCAUUUCGUGGGAAUGAUGAAUCAUUUGCGUCUACAAACAAGGGAAACUUUCUAGAGAUACUUAAAUGGUAUUGUGAGCAUAAAGAAGAGGUAGCUGCAGUUACAUUGGAGAACGCUCCACGUAAUAAUCAGAUGACUAGUCCUUUGAUUCAAAAGGAAUUAUCAAAUUGUUGUGCUGUUGAGACUACGAAAGUUAUUUUGGAAGAUAUUGAAAAUCGCAAAUUCUCUCUAUUGGUUGAUGAAGCGCGAGAUUCAUCGAUAAAAGAGCAAAUGGCUUUGGUUAUUAGAUACGUGAACAAUAAUGGAGAGAUUAUAGAAAGAUUCUUAGCCUUGGUACAUGUCACUGAUACUACAACAAAGUCAUUGAAGGAAGGGAUUGACUCAGUGUUUGCUAAGCAUGCUUUAUCUUUAUCACGGUUAAGAGGUCAAGGCUAUGAUGGUGCAUCAAAUAUGCGGGGUGAGUACAAUGGUCUGAAAACCCUUAUACUGAAUGAAAAUAGAUCUGCGAAGUACAUCCAUUGUUUUGCUCAUCAGCUCCAACUAGUCGUGGUAAAUGUUACAAAACAACAUGGUGCUAUAAGUGACUUUUUCACCAUUGUCACUAUGAUUGUAAAUACAUGUGGAACAUCUUGUAAAAGGAGAGACAAACUACGACAAGCUGAGCAUGAGAAAAUUGUCAAAUCUCUAGAAAGGGAAGAGAUUAAAAGUGGAAGAGGUUUAAAUCAAGAGAUGAGUUUAAGGCGGCCGGGUGACACUCGAUGGGGAUCACACUUCACUACUUUGCUUCGUCUAAAAGGUAUGUGGUCAUCGGUAAUUGAAGUACUUGAAAAUGUGUAUGAAGAUGGUACUAAUCCAGAUAAUAAAGGUAUAUCAAAAACAUUGAGUAUGAGGCUUGGAAGCUAUGACUUUGUUUUUAUUUUACACUUGAUGAUUGAGUUGCUUGGGUCAACAAAUGAUUUGUCAAAAGUUUUGCAACUUCGGGAUCAAAAUAUAGUUCAAGCUAUAUCUUUGAUUGAUACAACUAAAAGGACUUUGCAAGACUUUCGGGAGAAUGGAUGGAACCAAUUCGUGAGACAGGUUGAAGAGUUUUGUGUGACUAAUUCCAUUGAUGUCAUCAAUAUGGAUGAUGCCGUCAAGUUUGGUGUGCGAAUGAAACGAGGGGAACGCGUUACAAAUUAUCAUCAUUACAAGGUGGAGGUUUACUGUCAGGUUCUUGAUUUAGUUAUUCAAGAGAUGGAAAAUCGUUUUCCAGAAACAAAUACGGAAUUGCUUAUUUGCAUGAAUUGCCUUAGUCCAAGAAACUCCUUUGCUAGCUUCAAUAUCGACAAGUUGGUCCGUCUCGCAGAACUUUAUCCGGAUGACUUCUCGUGCACUGAAUGUAUGGCUCUCCAAUAUCAACUUAAAACUUAUAUCAGUGAUAUAGUUGAUAAAGUCGAGUUCUCCAAUAUUGAAGAUUUGGGAAAUCUUGCAAAGAUUUUGGUCGCUACCACAAGAGAUAAGGCUUUUCCCUUGGUAUACCGUUUGAUUGAAUUGACUCUGAUCCUUCCUGUUGCGACCGCCUCUGUUGAGAGAGUAUUUUCUUCGAUGAAAUUUAUCAAGACUGAUUUGCGAAACAGAAUGGGAGACGGUUGGAUGAAUGAUAUCUUAGUUGUAUACAUUGAGAAGGAUAUUUUUAACAAAAUUGAAAAUGAGGCCAUUCUUCGACGAUUUCAAGAAAUGGCGACACGUCGGAAACAAUUAUCAUCUAGAGCCUCGUAA